AUGAAUAACAUUGUUCCUCAAGAUAUUGCAGAUUCAAGUAUAUACAUUGUUCCUGAAGAUGUUGCAGAUUCAAGUGUCAACUCUGAACCUGAAGAAACUGAUGUAGCUGACAAAGGCAACCGUUUCAGCAAAUCAAGCUUUGGUUCUCCGCGAGCUUCAGUUUUCUACCUCCACAACCUUGUCGUUUCCAGCACAACUUCCUUAGCUUUCAACAACACUUCUUCUGUCAAGUUGCUUGUAUCGAAAAAUUCUGGUUUGUUCCUGUUAAGUCGUGAUGGAGAAUUUGUUACUGUUAUGCUAUCCGGGAUAAAUCGGCAAAACUCUUAA